AAAACCCAGAACCUGCGUUUGUAAGAAGCAGGACUAACUGACCGGUCUCUGUCCUUUUCCAGGUCCAACAAGAACCAGUCCUGCAGGCCAGAAGUGAACCAGGACCUGUGUGAUCUGGCUCUGCCGCCCCUCAGCUCGGGGUCAAAGGACGACCGGCUGGAGAUGAAGCUGUGAUGUCGCCGCUGAGGUCAGGGCUCCAACGCGGCGGUGAGUGAACAUCUGGGACGGUCUCCAGUGCUAGACUCGUCUAAUGCAAGGUUCAUAAAAUAAAGACUUUAGAGUUUAGACCACAACGACGAGACACCUGACCCCCGGGCUAACUUUGGUCUAGGAUUGUGUUGCCAUGGUAACCACCGGACACGUCCGCGGGGUCUUAAAGUCUUAAGAGGAAAUUUUGUGAAAAUUAAGGCCAUUAAAAAGUCUUACACUCGUUUUUAACAAGGCAUUAAAUUUUGUAGAUCUCUCUGUCAAUGUGAACGUCCUGUUUGUCCGACGCGUUGGUGAACGUGUUUAUGUUGCAUAGCCAAAAUUACUAGACAGCAGGACGUAGCGCGUUAUUUUGUCUAACGUUGGGCGCAGGGAUCUGCCGCGUGAGCCUUUCACACUGAUACAGGUCUGUGCGACGCGGAAAACUGACUUACAACCGACCGUAACCUUCCACCACGCCGGGCCCCCAGUGCUAAUCGUUGUAAACAUGGUCGGACUGAACAGCCCUGUUACUCAAACAAGAGGCGCCGCCAGCGGGUGAAGCGGUGAGACUGAAGACAACGGGGGGGAAAAUAUAAGCCGCGGCGUCUGGCUAACGUUAGCUGGCUGUUUAGCUACAUCUGUGCCUCUUAAUGAAAUACGUUCAACUUCUUCUCAUCAGCGUCACUUUUUGUGAACAGAUCAUCUCAGCCUGGAUGGAGCAGGACAUGACGUGCUACAGUAAACAGUUAUGAUUAGUGAGGAGCUGGUAGGCUACUUAAAAUAAAGGGACCAACCACCACGUAGAACAUUUUCUUGCACAAAGUUAAUGAAUAAAAAAGACUCCAAACAAACAGCUGGAAUUAAUAUUAUCAGAGUGAGCUAAAUACUGAACUACUAUAAUGAAUAUAGUAACGAGAUGAUAUCAAACUAACAGUUUAAUAUUAACAAUAUACUUAAUAUGAUGAUCAUUUAUCUUAGCUCCUCCUCCUCCUCGUUGUGUGUCGGGGCCCCUGUAGCAGUCAGGUGGAGCCGGGAUGCCUUUGUGCCAAUCUGUUCAGUAAAAUGGAUGUAAAACAGAAGUUAUUGUGAUAAUAAUGUACACGGAUCAGCUUUCCGAAGCAGACGGCAGCCGUUGAUCGCAAACGUCUGUGCUGCGCUGCCGACGUUUAUUCUCCAGCUCUGUUCCCUUCUGGCCCGGUUGAAUAUGAUGUUUACACAGUGGUCGAUCAAAGUGUUUAGUUUUACAGCCUCCAUCUAUCUAAAGAUAAACGUAAGUUAAAGGUGCGUUGUGUGGUUUUUUUAGUGGCUUCUGGCAGUAAGGUUUCACCCUCUACAUACCUGAGAAUAUGUCAGCUGGCAAACUAACAUUAUCUGGAACACGGCGGGUUGAUUAUUUGUAAGCUCUUGAUUAGUGGAUAUGGGAUUAAAUAAGUUUGGUCCCCCCCCCCCCAACUCAUUUUCAAAUAUGUAAUGGACACUGACAGUUUAAAGUCCUUAGCUGUAACUAUUUAAUCUGAUCACUUUGUUUUGUUUACUUGAUUUCUUUUUGCAUAUAUUUGAAAUGAUCAACUAAAACACAACUCUGACUGUUUAACAUGAGUUGCAGUAAUGUUGCGCGUCUAAACGUCGUCGCAAAUGUCAGGCGAUGGAUUUUGGCAGGAAGUCCGAGCAGCCCGUCACACAAACAGCAGGUCUCGACAGGCUGUUGUAGGUAACGGAGAAAGCUGGUCAGUGCCUCAAUUUUCAGGUGAGGUUACAACCGGGAACACAAAGGCGCUAAAACGGUUAUAAAUGGAUUUAAAUUCCCCCCUUAAAGCUGAAUCUGACUGAAGCAGUUAAAGCUCAAAGUGGCGCAGCAGCGUUAAAUUAUGUUGGAAGGUCGUGAAGUGUCCCUCAGGAUUCCUGAGAAAAGGGAAGUGGCUCCUGUUAAGUUUUUAGGGGCCACAGUGACCUGCUGUGAAUGUCCCCCAGUGAGGACGGUUCAUCGUUGACCCAGGGAGCAGCUGAAGUACUGCCGCCUCCCGUUUCAGGAGAUUUCCUCUUAAACAUUUCUUCGUGGCGUCUUGUACCGUGUUGUUGGCUCUUUCCUGACGCUCCGCACCUUAAGGUUAACGGUCAUUAUUUAACAAAUGAAGCAUUUCUACCGCUCCACUAAAUGUUCCAAGUCAAAUGUCCUUAACUAUUACACUGCUUCCCCCCCGAGGGGAACCUGCACCGAGCGGCUGGCUGCGCCUCAAUCUGCCUUUUUUUGUUUUUGAAAAGUGUCUCAGUGUGUUUUACCCAGAAUUCACUGCGGUCCUCUCAGAUAGUCAGGCUCUUCACUGCUUCGUGCAGCGGUCUGGUUUAGACGUCUGACUAUGGCUUAGAGUAGAUAUCCAAAGUCUCUGAACCAGCAUCCUGUCAGAGUGGGCGGGGCUAACGCCAGCUGGGAGAUGAUGUGAACAAAAGGCCGAAUUGUAGCGCCAGGCAGUUUGUUCUCAGAGCCGGGCGCCGUGACAAAGACCGACCGAAGCGUUCAUCUGAUCCCAGCUGGCUGGAGGUCACCUGACCGACUCGGGCAGCUGAUUCUGUUUCCUGUUGGGAACGCGUUUCGCAUGACCCGUCACAGACUCGACUGUUUGUCUUUACAGCUUCUGCCUUUAUCAGUUUGAACGGGCAGCACGAGGAACGCCGCCUCAUUUAAUUCGCUCAUUAAAACUCAAACAGAACUCCUCGUUGGCGUCACUCGUGGUCACGGCAUCAAACGGCCUGUAAACUGGAGGUGUGGAUGUGCAGCUGAUCUCUGGAGGAGCAGGAAGUCGGGAGCUGCUGCUCGUUAACUUCACUUUAAACGCAGCUGAAGUUACAGAGCAGCUAAUGAGCCGCUAGCUUCCCGCUCAGACGUUAGCUGCCGCUAACCGCCGGCAGGAAACGGGCUUCUAUUAACUGACCGUCACUGUACAUUUACUGCAGCCUGACCGCUCGCUCUCCUGCCCUGAGAACAGCGGUCAGGUCCUCUGCACCAUGAGAGGAAGCUGGCGGCGUGUCGCUGCACAGCGAGACGUAGACAGAAAUGAUGGGAUGAAAUUUUGGUAGCGGCGCCACUGCUGAAUGAACCCGGAGGGAAGACGGGUUCUGCUGGUGCUGAACCCGUCUCAGGUGAACACGUGGUCCAGGUCCAACAAGAACCAGUCCUGCAGGCCAGAAGUGGACCAGGACCUGUGUGAUCUGGCUCUGCCGCCCUUCAGCUCGGGGUCAAAGGACGACCGGCUGGAGAUGAAGCUGAUGUCGCCGCUGAGGUCAGGGCUCCAACGCGGCGGCGCUGGAGGACGAGCCCUCGCCGUCGGGCUCUGGUGACGAGCGGUUUCACGCCGGACGGGCCGGAACCUGCAGCUGGACGCGAGCUGAACUGUUGUGCAGAGGAAAGUUUGUGUAUCUGAAUUUUCCUGUAAAUCAGUCGCUCAUGUUGCUUUUCAAUAAAGACGUAAACUGGACCUGAUGUUUGUUCUGUUAAGCGUGAGAGGAACCUUCAGUUUCACAGGGUCUGCCAGGCUGCAGCAAGACCACCUGCUGCUCGGAGGACCAGAUCAGGGCUCCUGGAGUCCUGAACAGCAGAACUUUAAGUGAUGGAUAUAAAUCAACAGUCUGAUCAGUGACGUGCUUUACAGACUGUUGUGUCCUCAGCUGGGGGUCCUGGGUGGUGAUGCUGUCCAGGAAGGGAAGUGUAGUCCACUACAGUCUCCACGGUCUGCCCCAGGUGGUCCGGGUUCCAUGUUGACUGAGCCCAAACCACAACAGGCUCUCUGGUUCUGUUUCAGAUCUUUAUAAAUAAACUCAGUUGCACAUGAUUUAAAAAAAGAGGCCAGAAAACGCUGCAGCUACAACACCAUGAACAGACUAGAAUAAAGAGUGCUGAGACCUUAGUCCUGGAUCUGUAGGGCAGCGGCCCCCCUUCACUGUAACGGGACGGCGCUGCUGCUCUUCGGUAGGUGGCGCUGGUGCAGCUGUGACCAACAUUAAAACACAGAAGAAGAAAGCGCGGCUGCAGCAGCCGCAGAAGAAGAAGCUGUUCGCUCCUCGGGACCAGCGGUCCGGUUUAUUAACGGACACACGUUGAUCCAGCAGCGGAACCGGCGGGAUGGACACCGACACGGCUUCACCGGACGCAGCUGAAGACGUCCGGAUCAAACUGGAGCCGGACGGCGACGUGGAGAUCCAGUCGUAUCCGGUCCUCAAGAAGCUGUCCGUCAAACUGACCGACUGCAGGGCGUUGCUGGAGGGGCGGGACUUCCUGUCUCUUGACGAGCACCCUCAGCUCUGCCACCAGAGGCAGAUCCACGCGACCAACACCGGCAGAAAGAUGGUGUACUGCUCCGAGUGUCAGAGAGGGUUCUACAAGAGGUCUCACCUGGAGGCUCACCGGAGAACCCACCGGGGACAGGAACCCAACCAGUGCUGGCAGUGCGGGAAGACCUACCCGACCCUGAUGAGCCUCGUGGUGCACCAGCAGAUCCACGACCGCAAGGAGCCCUACCGGUGCUCCUACUGCGAGAAGACCUUCGCCCUGAAGCGGGACUGGAAAACCCACCACCGGACGCACUCGGGGACCAAACCCUUCAAGUGCUGGUUCUGCGGGGACGGCUUCAGCGAGCAGGACGAGCUCACCGAGCACCUGGAGGUGCACGAGGGGGAGAAGUGCUACCACUGCAAAGUCUGCGACAAGAUGUUCGUCUCCUACCAGGGCUUCAACUUCCACCGCAAGUCCCACAAGAGCCAGAAGCUGCUGCCCUGCCUGAAGUGCAAGAAGACCUUCAGCAACCCCCAGAGUCUGAAGCUGCACCAGGUGACCCACUCCAACAGGAAGCCCCACAAGUGCCCCACCUGCGGCAAAGGCUUCAAGCUGCUGAGCGGCCUGCGGUGCCACCAGAGGACCCACGAGGACCUGAGGGACUACCACUGCACCGAGUGCGGCAAGUGCUUCUCCAGCCUGCAGGGCCUGAAGCUGCACAACCGCACCCACACGGGCCUGAAGCCCUACAAGUGCACCGAGUGCGGCAAGAGGUUCACCCAGUCGCCCCACCUCAAGUCUCACAUGGUCACCCACACCGGGGAGCGGCCCUUCCUGUGCACCACCUGCGGGAAGAGGUUCACCCAGUCGUCCCACCUGAGGUCCCACAUCACGCUGUUCCACGUGGGCGAGAAGCCGUUCACCUGCGACGACUGCGGGAAGAGCUUCACCAUCGCCCACUACCUGAAGAUGCACCGGCUGAGCCACACCAAGGAGAAGCUGUACCAGUGCUCCUACUGCGAGAAGUCCUUCUCCUACCACAACUCCUGGAGGGCCCACGAGAGGAUCCACACCGGCGAGCGCCCCUUCAGCUGCCGGGAGUGCGGCCAGAGCUUCAUCACGUCGGGCUCGCUGCUGAGCCACCAGAGGUCCAAACACACCGGCGAGAAGAGCCACUACUGCAUCACCUGCGGGGAGUUCUUCUUCACCAGCUCGCUGCUGCGGGUCCACCAGCUCGACCACACGGGCGAGCGGCCGCACGCCUGCAGCUGCGGCAAGACCUUCAAGACCAAAGGAGUGCUGCGCUACCACCUGAAGAGGUUCACCGACCACCAGCCGGCCGAGUGAGCGGGGCCACGGCGGGGUCGGCCCGAGAGGCGAAGCGCAGACGCUGCAGGGUGCAUGCAGGAGGGUAGUUACUGUCGGGCGUCCGCAGGGGGCGCUGAACACGUGUUGAAUCUUCAUCAGGCCCUCUGAGGGUCCAGAACUAAGUCAGAACCCAGAGAGACGCUGCAGAACGUCCCUGCAGAGUCUCAGUGAGAGCUGACUGCUAACAGCUGCAGCUCGUGCUGCUGGGGGCCACAGUCGUGCUGCUGGGGGCCACAGUCGUGCUGCUGGGGGCCACAGUCGUGCUGCUGGGGGCCACAGUGUCAGAAAGGUUUGGUGCUCAGCUAACGAUGACAUGAGUUUUCUGUCGGUUUCGGGUUUUUGAAGCUGCUUUACAGAAACUUUGUUUUGUGAUCACUUCUUCAUGGUUUUGUUGUUGUUCUGUUAUAGAAAUGAUUUAAACUCCUCCUCCUGCUCCUCCUCCUGCUCCUCCUCCUGCUCCUCUCCGCUCUGCUUUUAUGUAAAAGAGAACAAACACUAAGAAGUUCUGAAGCUGCAGGCAGAAACACCACAGAAGAAGAAGAGCGCCGGGAGGUUUAAAGUCGGUGUUAAAACAAACACGUGAAGCACUUCAGGUUUGGUGGCGUUACGGUCCAGCGGCUCACCUCUGACCUCAGAGCGCCACGUGUCAUAGAUCUGGAACGUAUUGACCUGAUUGGCCGGCAGGUGUUACAAAGAGCGUGACGACUGAAUCAGCAGGACGUCUGUAGCUUUUUGACCACGAAGGACUCGUUAUCGUCCUGACGAUCAAAGAGGCAGCGACAGGAAGUCUCUAACACUGACGCUGCGUUCACUCUGCGCGCCUGAAUGACCGUCACAGCCUGAAAGUGAUGUCACGCGCAGCACGCUGUCACAAACGUGUAGCCGCAGAGGUUCGCCCCCGUUAGCUCCUACCCGCUAACCCUCCUGGGUCACAUGUCUCCGGAUUUAUGACAAACGCUCGCAACUUUCUGUCCGUCUCAUUUCUGGUUCUGUACAGCGAGUAUCGGCCCACAACUCUCUUUCCACCUGACAGGUAGCGUGCACGCCACGCGGAGCACUAACCAAUCAGAGGCAAGGUUGUUGAACACAAAAUAAGACUAUCUGGCGUCCAGACUGAGGUCGUGUUUUGAAUAAGAGGUCCGGAUCAGAUCCAGGUCGGGUUGAUCGGAGUUCACGGAGCGGCGGUGAGCGACGACGCCAGGAUGUCUUUCUGCUCGUCCUCGCCGUCACCUGCUCCCAGAUUCUUUCCUCCACCUGAAAUCCCCCGCCGGGUGCGUGUUUACCUCCGUACGACAGCGUGCUGCGUGUGACGCUUCGGUCUGAUCUGCGCCACAUUUAAACUAAGAUGCGACCUGUCGGCGGACGCAGCUGUAAGGACCCGUUGGACCUGCGAGCGACCCGGUCCGCUCUGGUCUCACGUCGACAUUCUUUGUGAUGGUUUUUGGUUCCAGGAGCUCUGCAGUGAAAUCAAACCUGUGAACUCAUGGUCACGUUGUGUUUAUCAAUAAAAACACUGUACAGAACAAA